GGGAAAACCCAGCGGUUGGUUGGGAGAUUUUGAGUUUCUGGCCCGCUGGCCGGAGUUUUCAUUCACAAUGAGUGAUCGAGCCACUCUGGAGGAUGCCGUGGAGAACGGCAUCGACCUCAGCAGCAACGCCUUCAUCCUGAUCCAUGGCUGGACCUGCGGGGCCCUGCUGCUGGACUUUGUCGCGUCCUUCGCGGAGCCUCUCUCCAAGCGGAAGAUGACCCCAGAGGAGAUGUGUGCAGACCUGGGCGCCAAGGCGGGUCCGCUGGCAGUCAUGCUGCGGACUUGCCGCAUCCUGGGCUACGUGGAGGUAGAUGAUACGGGCGCCUACUCGGCGGUACAAGGCGUCGAGCUCGAAGAGCUGCAGCUUCGCCUGAGGCCGGGUAUCGGUACUGCGAAGGCGCUGAGGAGCGUCUACACGGAGGCGGUGCCGCCCUUCAAGGUGCCCUCGGAAGCUGCCACGCACUGUCUGGUGGUGUGGGCGGAGCACCGACCCGGCUGGACCAACUCCAAGAGCAAGGUGCUGCCUGUUUUGCUGGACGGCAUUGUGCUGGCGCCACUGCUGACGUCCAUCACCUACUUUGCGCGCUGGAGCGAGGAGGGUCUGGACUAUGGCAAGGACAAGGCCAUGGACCGCUUCGACUUCAGCAAGUUGGACGCCGCGAGCCGCACCGCCCUCGGGGAGAUCUUCGAGGAGCUGGGAGUGGGUGCGAUGAGCCCCAAAGGCAUCGUGUCCUUGUCCACUCGCGGGUCCUUGGCCUUGCAGAGGUGUUACUCCUACUACGUGCCCACCUCCUACUCCCCGCUCAUGGGGGAGUUUAGCAACAUCCUCUUCGAGGAGCCCGGCUGGGGCUUCGAGGACCUGGACGAGGAGGGCGAGAUCCACGUGGAGCGCACUUUGAACGUGGUGGGCAGCGGGGCCCAACACGCGACCCUCUUCAAGGAUCUCAUGCGCCACAUCGACGUCAUCUUCAGCGGGGAGGACUAUGCCGGCCAGCCUCGGUAUGUGGUGGAUACCGGGUCCGGGGACGGUCACUUGCUGAUGCAGAUCUACCAGCACAUCAAGGAGCAUACCCCCCGCGGCCGUGUCCUGGAGGAGUUCCCGGUGAUCAUGGUGGGCGUAGACUUCAACGAGGAGGCACGCGUGGCUACGGCGGUGAACCUCACCAAGAGCAACAUCACGCACAUGGUGCUCUUCGGGGACAUCGGCAAGCCCAAGCAGAUCAUGGCAGCGCUGCAGAAGAAGGGCGUAGACCUCUCGAAGACGCUGCACGUGCGGUCCUUCCUGGACCAUGACCGGCCAUAUGUGGCGCCGAAGGAGAAGCUGUCCGGUGAGGCUGCAAUCGACUUUGCCAGGACUGCCAUGCAGGACUGCGUCCAUUUGGACAAGGCCGGCGAGCGGCUCUCGCCGGAGGAGAGCUUCGGGGCCUUGGUGGAGCACUUCAGGCGUUGGUCCGACGCGCUGCAGGACUCCUUUGGGCUGUGCCUGCUGGAGGUGAUGAUGCUGGACGUGCCCACCACCAAGCGUUUCAUCAACGACUGCGUGUCCUUCCACUUCGAUAUCGUCCAGUGCCUCUCCCGGCAGUACAUGACCUCUGCGACGGCCUUCGCCAUGGGAGCGGCCAUGGCUGGCCUGGUGCCGGGCAACGUGAAGUCGGUGCAGAUCUAUCCGGAGGAGGGCAACUACUGCCGGAUGAUCAACCAGCACCUGGUGAGGCGGAAGUACUCGAUCCGCUUCGCGGAGGUGGCGGACCUGCCGAGCCUGGAGCGCUUGGAGUCGCUGGCCUGGGCAGAGCAGCUCCAAGCCUCGCCUUCAGUGCUGAAGACACGGCUGGAGACCUCGCCCACCACCAACCUGGUCUGCGAGAUGGAUGGCAAGGUUGUGGCAGUGCUCUACAUGCAGCGGAUCCAGUCGGAGGAUGACGUGGACAAGCAGAAGUUCAUGGAGAUCUCCCAGACCCACGAUCCGGCUGGGCGGAUCCUGCAGCUGGUCGCCAUUGCCACGGACCCCGAGGUGAGCAACAUGGGCAUCGGCUCGGAGUUGAGAUCUUUCGCGCUCCACCUGGCCCGCCUCGACCCGACCGUGGACUUCGUCAUUGGGGUGACGCGGUGCCGGGACUUCAAGGGGGGCAAGGGCACCAUGCAGCAGUACGUGGAUGAUCACAAGGCUGGCCGCAUCGUGGAUCCCAUCGUGGACUUCCAUACCAGCUACGGGGCAGAGGUGGUGCGGAUCGUCCCGGACUUCCGUCCGGAGGACAAGGAGAACGAGGGGGUGGGCGUGCUGAUCAAGUACGGCAUCAAGGACUUGAGCAAAGACACCGAGCUGGUGCAGGUGAAGGCCAAAGUGGAGAUCCCCAGCUUGGAGGUGCUGGCCCAGGUCAUGGAGGAGCUCGGCUACACGCUGGACCGUGGGGACCUCCACAAGGGCUUCUACGACUAUGGCAUGGAUUCGCUGGAGUUGGUGCGGGUGCGGAACCGCCUGAGCAGCAGCUUCCACCUGAACCUCCCGGCCACGCUGCUCCUGGAUUUUCCUACGGUCAAGGACCUAGCAGAGCAGCUGGACCGCGACCGAGGUCUAGGCGAUGCCAGCGAGACCAUGUCUGCCACCUCCUCCGCGGAGAGCGAGGACGAGGUGGAGAUCUCUGGAUGGGAGGGCGUGACCCCCAGCGAGCUGCUGGAGCUGCAAGAGAGGUUCAAGAGCACCUACAAGCAGCCUGCCUACCAGAAGCAGUUCGCUGAGCUGGCGCGGAAGUGCUACCCCGCGCUACAUCCUUGCCAUCGAGGAGAUCCUGGUGCAGGUGGAAGGGCCGUUGCUCCUGGAGUUUGGCCUCAUCGACGCCUUGGACUGGCAGACCGUGCAGAUUGGGCGAAGUCACAUGACGGCGACCCAAAUCAAGUACUGGAAGGACUAUCCCGAGGUGAAGCAAACCAUGGACGAGAUCUUGCAUAUUACGAAGCAGGACCAGUACUGGCGCUAAGGUCUCGUGACGCGACUACGGAGUGCCAGCCUAUCGGCCUGCCCAGCCGAAGGAACGAACGCGCGGAAAAUGGGCAUGGGACCGUCGGCCCGUAAUAUCACCCGGUUGCUCAGUGAGGACGAGUCCUUGUCUUCUGCAUCAGCAGAGACUCGCUGACGUGCGUUCAACCCUCAGAGUCUCACCGUAUUUGGGCGUGUCUUUUCUGGGGGACCCUCGCUGGCC